GCAAAUGUUUUUGUUUUGCACGCACGCGAGUUUUCGUGUAAAUUUUCGAAGAUCGUUCAGAGAAUAGUGAAAAAUUGCAGUUUUUCGCUGAAAAUUGAUCCUAAAGGGUUAAAAAAAUAAUAAGUUUGCUUUAAUAUAACUGUUGUGAAAUCAACCUGUGCAAAAGGGGUCGUUUUCGGGGGAUUUGCGAGCACUUUUACAGUGCCCAAACUUGGAGCACGUGUUUGUUGAUGUUUUCGACCGUAUCGUUCCGACGCGAUUAGAACAAAAUGGGCAAGAAGAAAGCGAACCAGCUGGGGCGGUCCCUGAUAAAGGACCGAUUUGGGCAGGGAAACCGCAAGACCGUCGAUAACAACAGCAUGCUUCACACCACGGAAGUCCAGGACGGGUACGACUGGGGCCGGCUGAACCUGCAGUCCGUGACGGAGGAGUCGUCCUUCCAGGAGUUUCUGCGGACGGCCGAACUGGCGGGGACGGAGUUUCAGGCGGAAAAGCUCAACAUAACGUACGUGAAUCCGAAGGCCAAGGUCGGUCUGCUGACCACGAACGAGCGGGUGGCGAUCGAGCGCAAGCAGGUGGACAAGAAAAAUCUGCUGAAGAUUCCGCGGCGACCGCGUUGGACAAAGGAGACCACGCCGGAGGAGCUGCAGCUGUUGGAGAACGAGAACUUUCUCGAGUGGCGCCGGGGGUUGGCCGCGCUGCAGGAGGACGACGGGCUGUUGAUGACGCCGUACGAGAAGAAUCUGGACUUUUGGCGGCAGCUGUGGCGUGUGGUGGAGCGGUCGGACAUUGUGGUGCAGAUCGUGGACGGGCGCAAUCCGCUGCUGUUUCGCAGUGAAGAUUUGGAAAAGUACGUGAAGGAGGUGGACGAGCGGAAGAUGAACAUGAUUUUGAUCAACAAGUCGGACUUUUUGAAUGCGGAGCAGAGGGAGGCUUGGGCUAGGUACUUUGACGAGCAGGGGAUUCGGGUGGCGUUCUUUUCGGCUGCGGAGUCCGUGGAGGAAGCUAAGCGCGAGCAGGAAGAACGGGAACGGGCAGCUGAAGAGGGCGAGGAGGGAGAUGAGGAAGAUUCGGAGGAUGAACAGACGAAUGAGGUCGAGAAGAAGUUGAAGGAUUUGGGGUUGAAGGUUGAUCGUGCUGAAAAGGUGCUUGAGAAGCUGGAAGAGAAGGUUGAGGAGGUCGCCGAAGGCGAAUCUGCAGCUGCUUCGUCCAAGCUACGAAAUAAUCCAAACAUCCUUUCCAACACAGAGUUGAUCGCACUCUUCAAAAGUCUCCACAAGGCGGACCGCGUCACCGAGGGUCUCGUAACGGUCGGCCUCGUCGGCUACCCGAACGUCGGCAAAAGCAGCACAAUCAACGCCGUCUUCCUCGAGAAGAAAGUGUCCGUUUCGGCGACCCCCGGCAAAACCAAGCACUUCCAAACGCUGUACGUAGACUCGGAACUGCUGUUCUGCGAUUGCCCAGGUCUGGUCAUGCCCAGCUUCUGCACCACCAAGGCGGACAUGAUCCUGAACGGAAUUCUGCCCAUCGACCAGAUGCGAGACCACGUCCCGCCGGUGAACCUGCUCUGCACGCUCAUCCCGCGACACAUCCUCGAGGACACGUACGGCAUCAUGAUUGCCAAACCGCUCGAAGGGGAAGACCCGCUGAGACCGCCCUACUCCGAAGAACUGCUGCUGGCGUUCGCGUACAACCGCGGCUACAUGACCGCAAACGGACAGCCCGAUCAGUCCAGAGGGUCGCGCUACGUGCUCAAGGAUUACGUCAACGGCAAGCUGCUGUACUGCUACGCUCCGCCGGAGGUUGAACAAACGCAGUACCAUCGCUUUCCAGAGCGUCAGAAAGAUGAGAUCGACGUCAAACUGCUACCGCCGAGGCAGCAGCGGGCGAUGAAGAUGGGCACCACCACCGGCAAGGACAUCGACUCGCAGUUCUUCCAGGACCGCGCCCAAACGGGCUUCGUCAAGGGGCGCAGCGAUUUCCCCAACAUUCGACCGUCGGCCGUGGGCGUUUCGGCCGAGCAGCAGCAACUGCCCGGCGGAGUGAUGAUCGCCGGCAAGCCGUGGAAGCACCAGAAGCGCGAGAAAAAGGAAAAACUUCGCCGGAAAUAUGCGCACCUGGAUCAGCAUUGAGGAGGGGGAGGAGUGUUUUUCCGUAACUGUUUUGUAACUUUAUUGUUGUACAAAAGAAUUACACCUCUUUCUAUAUAUUAAAUAUAUAUAUAUAUGCAUCAUA